AUGUUCUUUGCCAAUAGUUUUGUUGAAACGGACCGACGAGCGUCGACCACCGAAGAGAAUGAUAUUCUUUGUGAGCUUUUGCUGGAUAAUGAUUUUGUGUCACCACGACAGUUCCAGUCCGCACCAGGAAAGAUGUUUGAAGAAUAUAGUGAAAGCAGUAAUGUAGCUACAACACCAGGAAUUUCAAAGCGCAGCAACCCACAAGUAGGCGUGUCGUUUCCACAACUUUGCUUCGACAACUCGCCUCGAUUGACACGUUUGCAACCUUUGUCCAGUCGUAGCUGUGCAACCUUUCACUCACACCAAUCGGCUUCUGCCGUCAACGCAAUCAUCUCUCCACCGCGCGUAUUCGUGCAGGACUUUGCUCGUCUUCCUCAACCGUUUUUUCAUGACAACUUGUCAAUUGAUUCAGACAUUUCGUCAAGCAAUGAACGGAAACAACUGCGUUGCACGCACCCGGACUGCCCAAAUCUUCGUCGGUCAGCAGGGUUCUGCAAUCGACAUAGUGGCAAGGUGUGCAGUAUGUCUGAUUGCAACAAGUCUGCGCUCAGUCGAGGAAAAUGCCCUGAGCACGGUGGUGGCUCGCGCUGCAAGAAAGAUGGAUGCUCCAAGUUUGCCCAGACUCGCGGACUGUGCAAAUCUCAUGGCGGCGGUCGGCAGUGCAAUAUCAGUGGCUGCACCAAGAAUGCACACCAGAAUCGAUUAUGCCGUUCGCACGGUGGUGGCAAGCGUUGUGACUACUUUGGUUGUCCUAAGUGGGCGCAACGUUCAGGGUUUUGCUGCGCCCACACCAAAAUGAGUACUAAUGGCAUUUCACCACCAAGUGGCGACUCCCAACGUUCUCACUCCAAUAUGCCAACGCUAGUCACGUCGUCACCAACUUCAUCUUUCUCUAUGCUUCCCGUUCCUUUGCCGUCGCCGACGUUGUUGUCUCCGCAUCGUCUUUUUUCCUUGUUCCCGUAA